GCCUGCCAGGUCCUGUUGCGACUGCCCGUCCGUUGAAUUGCUACCAUGUCUGAACAACAACCUCUAUUACCUUCACAAGACGCAUACGCUGACACUGAUGUUGAAAAUACUGCCCAUGGUCGACAACAUCAUUGGAAGAAACGGAUGGCCGAGUUUCUCGAGUCCCGGCCAAUGCAUUACACUGUCCUCACCCUGGUCGUGAUUGAUUCUGCAUGCGUGUUGACCGAUCUCGCAUACACCAUUCUCUCGGAUUCAUGUACUCCCAUCGAAGGCCCUGGCGCACCUAUAUGGCUGGACGUCCUUUCUCACAUAUCUCUCGUCAUUACCACAUUAUUCCUCAUCGAAAUACCACUUACACUAUGGGCGCUGGGUCCGAGCUUCUAUAAUCCGAUGGGAAACAAACUUCAUGCUGGCUUGCAUCUCUUUGAUGCUUUCAUCAUUAUCACAACCUUCAUUUUAGAGAUUGUAUUGAGGGGAAAGGAAAGAGAACUUGCUUCCCUGCUCGUUAUUCUCCGGUUAUGGCGUCUUGUCAAGCUGGUCGGAGGUAUUGCCGUUGGAGCUGGGGACCUGGAAGAAGAAAAUGCAAAGGCCCUCAUGGAAACUCGGGAAGAGCUCGAAACUGUACAACGGGCCCUGACCGUAGCAAAAGACGAAAAUCAGGAGCUGCGUGCAAGAAUAUCGUGGUUAGAAACUGAAGGCGCCCCGUCAUCAAGCUGAAUGAUACGGGAUACAAGACUCGUCCUUUAUUUCCAAGGAUUCAUGCAUAUAAUAUAAGGCUACAAGGUGUUCGAAUACGGUCCAAAUGAGGGAAUGCGAAUAUCAAUACAGUGUUCGUGAUGUC